GAACAUGGAGGAAAAAAAAGAUGAUCGAAUUCUCCAGAAACUAGUCUUCUUCGUCUAUAAAAAAAUCUCAUAAUCCUUUCAAUCACCUCAUCAUCAUCGUUCUCAAUUUCAAUAUCUAUCAUCUACGAUUUACGUUGUUCUCUUUCUCAAUCAGAGACGAAAAAAUGCCGAGCAGAUACCCAGGAGCAGUGACACAAGACUGGGAACCAGUGGUUCUCCACAAAUCAAAACAAAAGAGCCAAGACCUACGCGAUCCGAAAGCGGUUAACGCAGCGCUAAGAAGCGGCGUGGCGGUUCAAACGGUUAAGAAAUUCGAUGCCGGUUCGAACAAAAAGGGGAAAUCGACGGCGGUUCCGGUGAUUAACACCAAGAAGCUUGAGGAAGAAACAGAGCCUGCGGCGAUGGAUCGUGUGAAGGCGGAGGUAAGGUUGAUGAUACAGAAGGCGAGAUUGGAGAAGAAGAUGUCGCAGGCGGAUCUGGCGAAACAGAUUAAUGAACGGAUUCAGGUGGUUCAGGAAUAUGAGAAUGGUAAAGCUGUUCCGAACCAAGCCGUGCUUGCCAAGAUGGAGAAGGUUCUUGGUGUUAAACUUAGGGGCAAAAUUGGGAAAUGAGUAAAACGCUGUCGUUUUAGUUUUUAGUAUUUUGCUAAUGUAAAAAAAGU